AUGAAGUUGGCAGCCGAGUACCACUCAGCCGCAAGGCAUACAGAUCGUUUGAUGAUCAUUCAGAUGACAGUGAGACAUCCAGUGUGUGUUCAGAGCGAUCUCUUGAUUGCUACAGGAGGUCUGGUGAUUAUGUUUCUGGAUACUCUAAAUGAACUAAUUCUAGCACAUAAAGAUGAUUUACAUGAUUGGAUAUACAUUCUGCUUACACGUCUCAUGAAUAAACUUGGUGGAGAUUUGCUGGGUUCAAUCCAAAAUAAAAUACACAAGUCAUUAUCUAUUGUAAGGGAAUCAUUUCCACUGGAACUCCAAAUGAAUGCAAUUAUAAGGUUCCUGGUUGAUCAGACUCAAACACCCAAUUCUAAAGUUAAAGUAGCUGUUCUUCAAUACUUGGCCCAGCUUGCAUCCUAUAUGGAUGCCUCAUCCUUUAACCCAGGUGCCCGAGAAGCAGCUGCAGCUUUAGCCAAAGUAAUCAGUUGGACAAAUGAUCAGAAAUCAGCUGAAAUCAGAAAAGCCGCUCAGAACGCUCUAAUUGCAUUAUUCAACCUGAAUACACCUCAGGUGACAAUGAUUUUGUCAUCACUGUCUCCAGAUUACCAGGAAACAGCAGCAAGCCUUGUAAAUAGCCAUGUAAGGCGCAGUAGCACAGGAAGUUCGCCCCCAUCACCAUCACCACAUGUUCAGUCUCCAGCAACUCCACAGUCUAGGCCUUCUCUGGAGAUGGAUGAGGGAAGUCUCAAUCCAGAAGAAGUGUACAGGUCACUCCACAGAACAACCACAGAAAUACAGAAUUAUAGUUUUGAUGGUGGCCUCAGUUCUGUGAAAAUGCUGGAUAAGGAACGAGAAACUACAUCACACGAUUCUGGCAUCAGUCAGAUGUCUUGCGGUAUGGAGAAAUUAGAAGAACAAAUGGAACAUCUUCUGUCAAUUAGUAGAGAACCUACAAAUUUGGAUGGCCAAGAUUCAGAUCAAGAUUACAAGAAUAUGCCAUCGGCAGCUCUAGUAGAAGAAAACUGUCAAAUUGUGCAGAAUGUGAUUGACACUUUAAAAGUUGAUGAUGAAGGAAAUGCAAAAGUAUCUGAGCAAGACAGUAAGAAAGCACUUUCUCAGUUAAAACACCUAAUAAAAUCUGGAGCUGUUGGUAUCAUAGUCUAUAAUUUCAAGGUUCUAUUAAGGGUUCUGGUAUCACAGUUGGCACUACCUCACUCUCCAGUGAAGACGUACAUUUUAAAUGUGCUACACGAUAUGAUCAAAGACCCAACUGUGAGACAUUGUUUUAAUAUGUACGUAGAGUUAAUCGUGCUGCGAACGCUAACAGCUUACAGUGACCCGUGUAAAGAGGUGUCGAAAGCAGCUGAGCACUGCAUUUCAGCUAUUGGAAAAUCACUGCCUCCUGAACAACUCAUUAAUGUAGUUUGUCCAUUGAUAAAAACAGGAGAUCUUCCAAUGAAUUUGGGAGCUAUAAAAAUAUUAACUCGGGUCAUUGAACACACUACGCAAGAUAUUUUAGAACCACAUCUGAAAGAAAUAAUGGAAAGUCUCGUCAAAGCAUAUGAUAACGAAGAAAGUUCUGUGAGGAAAUCUGCUGUAUUUUGUAUGGUUGAAUUACACGGUAUUGUUGGAGAGGCAGUUUUGCAACCGCAUUUAGCUAGCUUAAACAAUAGUAAGCUGAAACUUCUUCACCUGUAUAUCAAACGAUCGCACCAUGGUGGUUCGAGUGGCAUGACUUCACCAAAAACCACAACGUCGUGA